GCUGCCGUCAUCACGUGAGCGCCAACGCCCCUUGCCCGCGUGGCCGCCGAAGCCAGGGAGCGGGAUUCUUCUCCUCUUCCUGCGAGGUGCCACCCCCAUGUGCACCGCAGAUCCCGGCGCGGGAAGGAGAGCGGAGCGUCGCGGGUGACGAUGGCCACCUCUCCGGGCAGGAUGCGGGACGCCGCGGCCUCGCCACCACCACCGCGCAGGCGCAGCGCGAGAGUCUCCGUCCUCCCUCCCAGCCAGCGCGCCGCCGCCCGCCUCCACCAUGGUGUUUGGUGAGUUUUUCCGUCGCCCUGGACCAGACGAGGAACUCGUCAACUUGAACGUGGGGGGCUUUAAGCAGUCGGUGGACCAGAGCACCCUCCUGCGCUUCCCACACACCCGGCUGGGGAGGCUGCUCUCCUGCCGCUCCGAGGAGGCCAUCCUGGAGCUGUGCGACGACUACAGCGUGGCGGACAGAGAGUACUACUUCGAUCGGAACCCAUCCCUGUUCAGAUACGUCUUGAACUUCUACUACACGGGGAAGCUGCACGUCAUGGAGGAGCUGUGCGUGUUCUCCUUCUGCCAGGAGAUCGAGUACUGGGGCAUCAACGAGUUCUUCUUGGACGCCUGCUGCAGCAGCCGCUACCAGGAGCGCAAGGAGGAGGGCCGCGGGAAGGCCUGGGAGCAGAAGAGCCACGGCGCCAGCACCGAGUCGUCUUUCGAGGACUCGUCUCUUUUUGAGAAAGAGCUGGAGAAGUUUGACCGGCUGUGGUUUGGCCAGCUCCGGAGGAAAGUCUGGAUUCGCAUGGAAAACCCUGCCCACUGCCUCUCGGCCAAGCUGAUUGCCAUCUCCUCCCUGAGUGUGGUUCUGGCGUCCAUCGUGGCCAUGUGCGUGCACAGCAUGUCGGAGUUCCAGAACGAGGACGGGGAGGUGGAUGACCCGGUGCUGGAAGGCGUGGAGAUUGCCUGCAUCGCCUGGUUCACCGGGGAGCUCGCCGUCCGCCUGGGGGCGGCCCCCUGCCAGAAGAGAUUCUGGACGAACCCCCUGAACAUAAUCGACUUCGUCUCCAUCGUUCCCUUCUAUGCUACGCUGGCCGUGGACACCAAGGAGGAGGAGAGCGAGGACAUUGAGAACAUGGGUAAGGUGGUCCAGAUCCUGCGGCUCAUGAGGAUCUUCCGGAUUCUGAAGCUCGCCCGGCACUCGGUGGGGCUGCGCUCCCUGGGCGCCACGCUGAGGCACAGCUACCACGAGGUCGGGCUGCUGCUUCUCUUCCUGUCUGUGGGCAUCUCCAUCUUCUCUGUGCUCAUCUUCUCCGUGGAGAAGGACGAGCCCACGGCUGGCCUCACCAGCAUCCCCAUCUGCUGGUGGUGGGCCACCAUCAGCAUGACGACGGUGGGCUACGGAGACACGCACCCCGUCACCUUGGCCGGCAAGCUCAUCGCCAGCACGUGCAUCAUCUGUGGCAUCCUGGUAGUGGCUCUGCCCAUCACCAUCAUCUUCAACAAGUUUUCCAAGUACUACCAGAAGCAAAAGGACAUUGAUGUGGACCAGGGCGGGGAGGACCCACCAGAGAAGUGUAACCAGCUACCUUACUUCAACAUCAGGGACAUCUAUGCACAGCGGGUGCACGCCUUCCUCGCCAGCCUGACUUCUGUUGGAAUCGUGGCGAGUGAGCCAGAUUCCACAGACGCUUCAAGCAUCAAAGAUGACGAUGAUAUUCACAACACCGCAUCCUUAGAGAAUUGCACAGAAAAAUGAGCAGGGACAUUCAUGCCUGUAUCUUGUGGCCCUUCCCAAAUUAGGCUAACACAGCUUUAUAAACCUCCAUGGGUUCAUUAAAGUCAUUUAAUUCUCAGGGUGUACCUUUCAGCCAUAGUUGGGCGCUCAUUGCUCUAAAGUAAUAGAAUCGUCUUUAUUUUUCUCAAUGAAGUGAAUUAAAUGCCUUGUUCUGAAAUUUAUUUUUUACAAGAGAGAGUUGUAAUACGGUUUUUGGGGGGAAAAGAAAGUAAAUGGUCUUGGGUGGGAUUUGUUGCUACAGCUUACACAUCCUCCUCUGUUUGUCAUUUACUCACAUUGAGCUAGCUGUAAAUUACCAACGAGUAGAAUCAAAGGCCCAGCUGUUUGAAGACUCGACAUGCAUGUUAAGAUCUACCAAAUGAGAUGAUGCAUGUAAAUCCAUGUUCACAUCCUAGACAUGGAAAUUAGGAGCCUAAUAAAUUGCCAAAUUCAGUAUG